GACACAACAUUUCAUACUCUUCUCGGUUCUUCUCAACGCGCUUCUCUCUCUCGAUCAAUUUCACAAGAAGAAAAAGUCAAACAAUGGGACUGUUCACCUACACAGUCGCCGGCGCCGCCUUAAUCCUCAUCGGCGGAUUGGAAUCCCUCGCCUCCGCCGCCAUUUCUCUCAAACAAAUCUCCACCUCGGACCCUCCCCCUCCGAAAACUCAGCGCCCUGCGCCUGCAACGGCGUCGUUUCUGUCCACGGUAACGUUUCUGCUGAUCUCAAUUGUGUCGAUCCUUUCAAUCGUCAACUCUUUGAUAUCUCUCUCCGACGCCGCUAGCUCCAAAGACAGCACGGGUGUGGUCUUACAGCUGGAAGUGAUCGCAAUCGCUUUGCUUUUUCUGUUGUAUUCCGGUUUAGGCAUUUUGUCGAGCAUCAUAGAGUCAUUUCGAUUUCCUUCGAAGUUACUCAAUGUAAUCUAUAUGUUCGCCUUUGGAGAGGAAUUUCUGUUGUUCUACGCGCAAAACAAGGAUCCGAGUGGGAUUGAGAAUCGCUACUAUGACUUGAUUUUAGUGCCUAUUGCUGUGUGUCUAUUCUCCACCAUACUUGAGCUGAAGGGAUCGAAAUCGAGUUAUCCGAAAUUGGGCCGAGGCGUUGGGUUAGUCUUACAGGGGAUGUGGACUCUGCAAAUGGGGGUUUCGUUUUAUUCGAACUUGAUUGCUAAUGGGUGUGCUUUGCACGCUAGGAGUAGGGGGAAUUUUACCAUUAAAUGCAAAGGGCAUCCCGAAUAUCAUCGUGGGCGUGCCAUUGCUACUCUGCAGUUUAACUGCCACUUGGCUCUUUUAAUCACUAUAGCUGCUGGGGUGUUCUCGGUGUUCUGUAAGACGUAUAGCAUUAAUCGGGAUUUUAUGCGGUAUACGCCCCUUGGAGUUGGAAAUGGUGGGGAUAUGCAGCUAGAUAAUUCACAGUUCACUUUGGAAUCGGAUGACGAGGAUGGUGAAAAUGGGAUUCAGGAAGUGAGGAGUGUUGAAAUGCAGAAGGCUGCUUUGGUGGUUCCUGAGUCGACAGUUAAUGGCUAUAAUUCUCAUCCUUGAUGUUAAAUAUGGAGAACUUUUGUUGGGUAAAGGGUUUCAGUUUCACUAUUCUUUUACUAGCCUCCCUAUCCCUUCCUAAGGGCAUCAUGUGCUGUUUCAGGUCUACACACUGACUUCUAAAUUCUAACCUAUAUUGUCUAACCAUGCUUUGGUAGCUUUACUCUCUUAGCAAAUUUUGUAACGAAAUCUGGGAUGUUGUUCCUUGUGGUCUUUCCAUUCAAGCAUCGUCUUUAUGUGA